AAGUAUUUGUCUAUCAUAUCAGUCGGAGGCAAAUUAAGGUCCUCUAAGUUUGGUCUAAAUAAGUUAAGGUUUCUGAAACCAGUCAAUUAUAAACUACACACGUACACCCAAACAUACAUAUAUCCUAAGCUCCACAUUUUAUUUGCGACCAACUGAGCACAAUGAGCAGUACAAAAUUAUCCCCUUCAUACUUUGGAUACGUGGGAUCUACAAAGGACGCCUUGUUGAUCAUUCAGGCCACACUUAACCGUCAACUUGGAUUGAUUCCCAGGCGGCCACAUGAACGGGAGCGGUCAGAUUUGAUUCGUAGUGGAAACGUCUUCAUCUUUAUUGAAGAGCACAGUGGAAUCAAGCGGUGGACCGACGGUAUUAGCUGGUCCCCCAGCCGGAUUCUUGGUCGCUUUCUCGUGUACCGGGAAUUGGACAAAGAUAGCUUGCAAGAUGAUAAGAAGUUUAAGAAUAGGAAACGUAAACUGAGUUUAACCAGUGAAGACAUCGAUAGCAUAAGUCCAUUGGUGGGAAGCCAGCACGGAUUCAAGGAUCAUGGACUUAUCAAGAAGACUUUGAGUAUCAAUACUACCCUCAAAGAGCUCAACCUAAGUCAUGAUAAUACCACUAAACAAACCAUCCAUUUGAUCAGCUACUACUCUGCUACAGAUGUGACAAGUAGGAAGCUCUUGAGGCCCUCAGAGAGUGACUUGAAGAACGUGCAUAUCAAUGGUCACCUCUGGUCUGCCAUAAAGGAGAGUAAUCUUGGAGGAAAGAUCACCAUUGAAGAUGAAGCCCAUUACUUUUUGGACAACAACUAUCAGCUCCUGAAUAUGUCGAUGCCAAUGGGUACUAAUGCAACCAAUAACAACAAGUAUUCGGCACCUCCCCCACCUCCACCUCCAGUGUACUACCAAAAGAACAACUUUAUGUUAUCGGUGCCAUCCAACUACGACUACUAUGGCAGUAAUACUCCUGUUACGAAUAGCUCGGUGUCAGGAGGAAGCUCCACAAGCAGCACCAGCAGUGCUGCCACUUCACAGGGUAUUUCCGAACAUGCUAAAUUCGACUCUUCAAACGUUUAUGCCAGCCCGUAUCAGGGAUCAGCUUUGCCUAUUACAGGAUCCAACUUUAGCUUACUGUCGAACUUGAACUUCUUUUACCACGACAUACAGCUGCAUCAUGGUGCCCACGCUCCGCAGACACUGCAGGGUCACUCCCAACUGCAAUCGCACUCACACCACCAACCGCAUUACGAACACAACCACCUCCAUAACCAUAACCAGCAGCCAUUUCCACAGCUGCAAUAUUACCCACUUCCUCAAGGCUUUGGUGCCGAUACCGGUGCCAAACGCUUGAAGAUGUACGAAAACGACUUGCACCCACACCAUGACGAACACUACGUAUACAACACGUGAAACCAAAUUUGUAAAAUAGCUGUAUAAUUAAUGAACACUGAUUAACGAGUU